AUGAACUUUAGUGCCUUAUUCGCAAAUAUAAAAAAAUCAGAAUGCCCAUUGUCUCUUUUGAAGAGCUAUGUGAACGAUGGUGUGGCCCUAAAGGAUUUCAACAAAUGCGAGGAAAUCGGUUCACUCGUUUGCUUUCUCGUGUCUAAAACAUAUGGGCUUGGCCUCAAAAUACUCCUUGACUGUGGUUUGGAUAUGUCUGCUAGUCAUCACAUUACUGGAGACACACCACUGAUCAUCCUUUGCAACGAAGGUUUAUGUGGUGCAACGAAACAACUAAUUGACAAAUUAGAACCGGCUAGUCUAUUUCAUUCCAACAUCAUUGGAUUAACAGCUAUAACACAAUUGCUCUGUCGCGCUCACGGGGCUUGCAACUGCUUAGAAAGUCUUCUUUCACAUCUGUGUCUUUGCAGUGCUCUUUUACCAGUUGAUUUGCGAAAGAACAGUUAUACACGCAGCUUGAAUAGCAUGGAACUUUUACAUUCAGAACCCUUGUUUGAAAAUGAUGAAGGAAGUCAGGUGUUAUUCACUGUUGACCAGUUACUGGGGCGCAUUAAGUCAGAUAAUAGUGAGCGUAUCAUCUCUGUAUUACAACUGUGGAUAAAAGCAAAUCUUCUGCGUUUAACGCACACAACUGGAGACAGUUCUAUUCCGAAUGAACAAUUAACAUGCAACACAAAUGUCUUGGGAGAAAGGCUUCUCAGACCUUUGCUGUCACAUGUUUUCUAUUCAAACAACACUGGGUCCAUAAUGAAUAAACUUCGAAUAUUGCUUUGUCAAUUGCUCAUCUUAGGCCAGUUACAUGGAUUUCUUUUAAUUGAUAGUAUAACCCAGUCAAAUCCAGUAGACUCGACAAACCAAUACUUGAAUAACAUCUUAGAAGAUAUACGAUGCCAUCUAAAUGGACCACUAAACUUAAGACUUCUAGGGAUACGUGAAAUCCGUCGAAUUUUACAGAACCGUUUUAUAUUCACUUGCCAGAAGAAUGAUAAGUAUAAUUCGCUGAUAAAUGAAAAUGCACUUUCGUUUCUAACGUGGGUUGAUGAAUUACCUUUACCAAAUAUCAUCAAACAAAAUAUUCUUUUAAAUCCUAUGACCUUGAGAACUAGUUGA